AUGGAACAGCCCUCCAUGGAGCAGAGGGACACCUCUAACAAGUGUACCGACAUGGGCUAUCUGCGGCCUGUCCAGCAACACUUGGACAAGGAAGAAAACGAAAAGAAGGAGCAAAUAUUGGAAGAGGUGCCGGAUUGGGCGGCUGCUGUCGCACCCCCGAAGAAACCGAUCCCCAUGCCACAGAAUGGUUCGUGGGUGAAGGGGUUCGAGGAUGAAGGGGUUCGAGGACGAAGGGGUUCGAGGAUGAAGGGGUUCGAGGAUGAAGGGGCCGAUGAAUACUUCCGGAAAUUGAACAUCUUGGUAAUGACCCGCGCAGUAAAUUCAACAAUUCCUACUUCGUCCCGAGAUUGGUGA